AUGUCGUCGUCCCGCCGUAACAGCCUUUCCCCUCCAGAGAGGCAGGAUGCGGCCGAUCCAGGGGCCCGCGAUUUAGCGGAAGCAUCCGAUUCCGAGGAGCACUAUUCCGAUGCCCAAUCGAAGGCCGAGGCCUCUGCCCGAGCCUCGCCAGUCCCCAGGACGAGAGUUGAGCGGGUGGACGACCGCCCCGCAUAUGGGGAAGUUCCCGGUACGGCGGCCUAUACGCUGCGGGAGGGCGAUGCCGAGCCGGACGAGAUCGCCAUUAUCCCGGACCCAGAAGAUCCUUCCAACGCCUUGACCAGCUCCGAAUCCGAGGGAAAUGAGCCCGCAUCAACUCCCGGCGGCCGCCCCAUACCCAAGACGGUCGUAGAAGAGACACCAGAUGGCGAGGGCUCUGUGACACACCCAGAAAACAGGCAACGGCGCCUGUCAGAUGCGCGUCCAGACGUGGUGGUCAAGGCCGAUGGGAAGGUGGAAGAAAACGGUGCUGCAAAUGAUUCCCCAGUAUCACCCUCUCUAAGUACUCCCACCGCGCCCACCACAAGGAGAUCUUCGCUCGCGGCGAAACAGUCCCCUCUAAGUCUGGACUUAGCCCGGCCUGAGAGUGCCGUGGAGGAUGAAGACGAUGACGACGACGAGGAGGGUGAAGACGAGGAUGGAGAUGGGGAUCAAGACAACGACUUUGGGGAUGACUUUGACGACUUUGAAGAGGGCGACGAAGACAGCGACUUUGGCGACUUUGACGAAGGCUUCCAAACCCCAGCUCAACAACCACAACCAUCAAAUCCCGCCAUCGCAGCUUCAUCACUCCCUUUUGUCAUCCCCAACUUUGAGGAUCUCAGCCCCCCCGAAGUUAUCUCCGCCACAGAACCCUACCUCGCAGCACUUUUCCCAUCUCCAGAAUCCACACCUACACUCCUACCUACCCCAUCCGCCAAGGAAAACCCCAUAUUUUUGACACAACGCUCCGCCUCGCUCUGGUCUCAACUAGUUGCCCCCCCUCCUCUACAGCCCCCAGAUUGGAUCCGCUCGCGGAUCCGUCGUCUUUUUCUCGUUUCGCUCGGCGUCCCCGUUGACCUCGACGAGAUCUUGCCCGCCUCUUCUAAGCAAAAGAAGCUUGUCCUUCCUUCACUGCAUCGCACCACCAGCACCGGCUCGCUGCGCAGCCGUGUGUCUAGCGACUCCCGUGGAGUCAGGGGCGGCGACGGGGCAGACAAGCAGUCAAGAAGGAAAGACUCCGGAACAAGCUCUUCCCGCGAACCAUCGUCGUCUAAACGGGCAAAACGCGCCGAAGCAGGGGCGGGCACGGGAACCGGCACAAGAACAAGCAGCGCUGCCCACGGUACUAGUCCCGAACGGCUUUUUGAUUCCGCUGCGGCAUUGCGGGAAUGUAGCUUGACGGACGCCGCGCUAGACGGUAUGACAGACGCAGAGCUGCUGGCACAUGUCAAGCGGCUGGAGACUAUGCAGGAGAAGGCACAUACCGUGCUGGCUUAUUGGCAGCGACGAACAGAUGAGAAGAUUGGCGACCGGGAAGCAUUUGAGGGAGUGAUUGAAAACUUAGUGAAGCAUGCUAGGAAGGUGAGGAAAUAA